CUCACUCCCCCUUUUUCCUCUUCGUCGUCUCUCUGAGACUGAGGAUAAAUAGUUUUCAGAUACUCUCCCCAUUCAUUCUCUUCUUCUAGAGAGAUAAAGUUCUAGAGAGAGAAACAAACAAACCUCAAAAAAAAAUUUAAACAAAAAAAAAAUCAAAGAAAUGAGAACUAGAAGAGGACUAUGUUAUCCGGAAGUUCAUGCAUCUACUACCACAACUAUGACUCUAUCUCUUCAAAAAAAGCAGAUGAAGGUGAAAAAAAUGAUGAAGAAAAAUAGAGGUUUUGUUAAUGGCGGCGAUAAAGAUGAUGAUAAAAUGAGAUCGUUUUCGUCGCCGGAAAAUGAUUUUGUUUUUACUAACUUUGAAAAAGAAAAAGUUGAUUUUCGUUGCCGGAAAAGAGCGAAAAUCUCGCCGGAAUUUGCCGGAGGAGGUUCGGAUUUCUUCGAUUCUUUACCGGAUGAUCUUGUUGUGUGUAUUUUAGCGAAGCUUAGUUCUACUGCUUCUUGUCCUGCUGAUUUCAUCAACGUACUCAUAACUUGUAAGAGAUUUAACGGAUUAGGUCUUAAUUCUAUGGUUUUAUCAAAAGCUUCACCGAAAACUUUCGCAAUUAAAGCUAAGAAUUGGUCCGAAUCUUCUCAUCGUUUCCUCAAAUUUUGCUCUGAUGCCGGAAAUGUCGAAGCCUGCUACACUCUCGGCAUGAUUCGAUUCUACUGUUUACAAAACCGAGGAAGUGGAGCUUCACUAAUGGCGAAAGCCGCCAUUAAUUCACACGCACAAGCUCUAUACUCAUUAGCAGUGAUUCAAUUCAACGGAAGUGGAGGAACAAAGAGCGACAAAGACCUACGCGCAGGAGUCGCUCUAUGCGCACGUGCCGCCUUCCUAGGUCACGUGGACGCUCUCCGUGAACUCGGCCACUGUCUUCAAGACGGUUACGGCGUCCGUCAAAACGUCGCCGAAGGACGUCGUUUUCUCGUCCAAGCAAACGCACGUGAGCUAGCCACCGCUCUCACGUGCGCCUCUUCUCCUUCCUCUUGUUGGCUCUCAUCCUCACCAACCGGAAACCGCCACGUGUCUUCAACAACAGCAACAACAACAACAAACGUAGGUUGUCCAUUGUUAAGUGAUUUCGGUUGCAAUGUUCCUGCUCCUGAAGCUCACCCAGCGAACCGGUUUUUAUCCGAGUGGUUUUCGGUUCGAACCGGUGAAAUUAACUCUAAUGAAAAUGAAAAAAAUCCUGGACCCGGUUUAAGGCUAUGUUCUCAUAUUGGAUGUGGUAGACCGGAGACACGUAAGCAUGAGUUUAGACGGUGUUCCGUUUGUGGGGCCGUUAAUUACUGCUCACGCGCUUGUCAAGCGCUUGAUUGGAAGUUGAGGCAUAAAGGAGAGUGCGCGCCUAUGCCUAGAUGGGCUGAAGAAAAUAUUAACGCCGUUAACGGUCACGGUAACGAUAACGAUGAUGGUGUUAUUAAUGGUAUGGAUGUAGAUGAUGACAGAUAACGGUGACUGUGACGGUAGCUCCGCCACAUGAGUUGUGAUUGGGUGGAUAAAAAUGGGGGAAAGGGUAAAAUUGGUAAUUCAUCUUAUGAUUAAGGUAAGAAAAAAGAAAAGGAAAAAGAAAUUUUUGGGUACAAAAAUGAGAAAGAAAAGAAGGUGGGGACUUUUUUUUUAAAUUUUUUUGGAUGAAGGGUAAAGGGUUAGGAACUUGGGUGUUCAUCUUUGGGAAAGAAUCGAUAUUUUUUUUUCUUUGUAUAGAGGAAGGGAUUUGUUCCCUUUUGCGGAUAUGAUGUACUUUUUUUUCUUAUAAUUUUAAUUUAGCUAAUUACAAAAUUUUCAAUCAACAACUA